AUGGCCUAUAUGAAGGAACCAGAAGAAGAACUUGAGCAGUCUGAAGUCAAGCAGUAUGAAGUCGAGCAGUCAGUCGAGCAGUCUGAAGGCGAGCGGUCUGAAGGCGAGCGGUCUGAAGGCGAGCGGUCUGAAGGCGAGCAGUCUCAAGGCGAGCAGUCUGAAGGCAAGCAGUGUGGGUCCGAAGGCGAUCAGUCUGAAGCCGAACAGUCUGAAGACUGGCCGAUUGAGGUGGGUGCCGUGGGGUUAAGCCUCCAUACUGAACUUCAACCGGUCCGUAGGGUGAUGGCGCAUCAACAGACGGUUGAGAAUAGGCCGUAUAGGCCAGAACCACCCGCGACACGCCCAGUCGAAACCGACCUUUCGCUUCGUGAGUGA